AUGACCGGCAAAACAGCUCUCGUCACCGGCGCCACGGGUUUGCUGGGCAGGCAGGUGGUCAAGGCAUUCGCCUUCCACGGCUGGUCCGCCAAGGGCACCGGCUUCUCCCGUGCGGAUGGCCUCAACAUCCUCAAGGUUGACCUGUCCAACACGGCCGAGAUCGAAAGAGUCCUCGAUGAACAAAAACCACAGGUAGUCAUUCACUGCGCUGCGAACCGCUUCCCCGACAAGGUCGAGCAGGACCCCGCCGGCACGCGCGCGCUCAACGUCGAGGCCUCGCGGGCGCUCGCCGCGCUGUGCGCCGCGCGCGAGGCCCUGCUGAUCUACAUCUCGACGGACUACGUCUUCCCCGGCCGGCCCGGCGAGGCGCCGUACGAGGCCGACGCCGAGCCGGGGCCGACGAACCUCUACGGGCAGACAAAGCUGGAUGGGGAGCGGGCCGUGCUGGGGACGUUCGCGGCCGCGGGGAAGGAGGGCGGGGCGGUGGUGCUGAGGGUGCCGGUGCUUUACGGGCAGGUGGAGGACGGGAAGAACGCGGAGAGCGCGGUGAAUGUGCUGAUGGAUGUCGUGAUGAAGGCGGCGCGGCAGGGUGAGGAGGUGGGCGCCAAGAAAGUGGCCAUGGACCACUGGGCGCUGAGAUACCCUACGAAUACGGAGGAUGUGGCGAGGGUUUGCUACGAUAUCGCUGUCCGGUAUCUGGAGGCGGAUAACAAGGCGGCGCUGCCGAGGGUGCUCCAGUUUUCGAGCGAGGACAAGUACACCAAGUACGAGAUCUGCCAGCUGUUCGGCGAGAUCAUGGGCGUGCCGAUCAACCGCAUCGAGCCCAAUACGGAGGGCAACGACCCCAAUGCGAGCGUUCAGCGGCCAUACGACUGCCACCUCAGCACGAGGGCGCUGAAGGAGCUGGGCAUCGAUGUCUCGACGCAGGACUUCGUCGGCUGGUGGAGGCGAGAGUGCCGGGCGUUCAGGCAUUGA